UCUCUGAGGCAAGGAGGAGGUGGGAGGAGGAGAGGUCGAUUUAGGAGCUUGGGGAAGUAAUGGGAGGAUACUGUAUGAAGCAAAGAAUAGAUGCAGGACUCUUAUUUUGUGUAUGUGCUAUUAUAGCCAACAAAUUUGUCAUACAAAGCAAACUUAUAUUAUUCCAUCAAUAUCUGGUUUACUUUGUCAGUGGCAGUGUUGUUAAUUUGCCCUGUGAGACUGGAACUCUUUGAACAAUCUGUGCUUGUACAGAGAAUUCCCAUGUACUCAUAUAACUGACUUUCCUUUUUCUCACCUCCAAAAUUGGAAGUUUAUGUGGUCUGAACGGGGGGAACCUUGCAGAUCGAUGGUUAAGAAUAUUCUCAAUUUUUCCGUCUGCAGUCCAGUUUUAAAUAUGUCCUGAAUAAACGUUGACGUCUGAAACUAUUGAUACCAUGGAGUGACAGACUGGACGCAAUCAAACACUAUAAACUAACCUGGUUUCGCAGAGAAGAAACCCCUGCUCCUGUGUUGUGGACCGUUCCUUAGUUCUUCCACAUCCAGGCGAGGUGAGAGCGGCUCACAGCGCCAGACGGACCAGAGCGGUAGUGUGGAUACGCAGCGGAGCGCAAGGCUGAGGACUUUGUACAGCGAAACUCAAACGCAAAUGGAUAUUUACGUGGCGUUGUUAUCCCUUUUCUGUUUUACCAAACCAGCUUUGGCUUUCGGGUCAGAUCAAGACUACCAAAUUGAUAUCAUCAAUGAACUUGACCUGGCAAAUGCCACCUAUGGAAUUACCCAAGUGGCUGGGCUUCACAACAGCAGCAAAGCCUUCCUUUUUCGAGAUGUUGGGAGAGCAGUUCACGCCCCGGCACACAUCACAGAGAAAGUGGUACAGCUGUUCAGGAGUAAAAGUGAGUUUACCUUCUUGGCCUCCAUCCAGCAGAAGUCCUCCACAUCAGGAGUCAUAUUCUCCAUCCACGAGUCAGAACACAGUUACUUUGAGCUGGAGAGCAGCAGGGUGAGAGAGGAGAUCCGCUACCACUACCGCUUCAAAGGCAAGCCGCGCUCUGAGUCCUUCCCGUACCGCCUUGCUGACGGCCAGUGGCAUAAGAUUGCUCUCACCAUCAGCGCCUCCCAUCUACUGCUGCACGUUGACUGUAACAGGAUUUAUGAGCGGGUGAUAGAUCCCCCUCAGAUGGAGCUCACCCCAGGCAGUGGAGUGUGGCUAGGCCAGCACAGCCACAAGCAUGGCCUGUUCAAGGGCAUUAUCCAGGAUGUGAAGUUGAUUUUUGCUCCAAAUGGCUACAUUACGCAGUGUCCUAAUCUUAACCGCACCUGUCCGACCUGCAGCGAUUUCCUGAGCCUGGUGCAAGGCAUUAUGGACCUUCAGGAGCUACUAGCAAAGAUGACACUGAAGUUGAACUACGCUGAGUCCAGGCUGACCCAACUGGAGGGCUGUCACUGUGAGAGGACUUGUGAUGCCAAUGGCCUGGUCUACAGAGAUACGGAGCUGUGGGCGGAGCCUGAGAACUGCAGGAACUGCGCAUGUAAGAAUGGUGUGGUGGAAUGUCGCAGGAUUUUCUGUCCUCCGGCAAACUGCUCAGAGGACUCGUUGCCUGUACAUGUUGAUGGGACUUGCUGCAAGAAAUGCAGACCAAAAUGUACCUACAUGGGCCAGACCUUUUCUGAAGGCCAGCACUUUUUAUCCAGGAGCUGCAGGGAAUGCAAGAAUGGCCUGAUGGUAAAAGUCACAGAAACUUGUCCAGAGCUCAACUGCACCUUCACUGAACAGAUCUUACCAGAUGGCAGAUGCUGCAAUGUUUGCAGAGGUUAUGACUUCUGCGCAGAGGGACUCAUUUGUGGAGAAAACUCUGAGUGUAAAAACCGGAAUACUAAAGCAGAGUGUGAAUGCAAGAGUGGCUAUGCCUCCAUCCAUGGGGAUUCUACUUACUGUGAAGAUAUUGAUGAGUGUGCGACCCAGAUGCAUUAUUGUCAGUCCAACACGGUGUGUGUCAACCUGCCCGGCAGCCAUCGCUGUGACUGUCUACCAGGCUUCAUCAGAGUGGAUGAAUACUCCUGCACUGAGCAUGACGAGUGUGCCAGCAGUCAGAAUUUGUGUGAUGAGAACGCCAUCUGCACCAACACCAUCAGAGGACACCUGUGUACCUGCAAGCCGGGCUACGUGGGCAACGGCACCAUCUGCAGAGCCUUCUGUGAGGAGGGAUGCAGGAGCGGAGGGACCUGUGUGUCUCCCAACACGUGUGUCUGUCCCUCAGGAUUUACAGGACGACGCUGUGAGACAGAUAUCGACGAGUGUGCAGAGGGCCUGAUUGAGUGCCACAACCACUCCCGCUGUGUCAACCUGCCCGGCUGGUACCACUGUGAAUGCAGAAGUGGUUUCCAUGACAAUGGCUCCUACCUGCUCGAUGGGAGCUCCUGCAUUGACAUCGAUGAGUGCAGUUUGCAGACACACACCUGCUGGAAUGACAGUGUGUGUGUGAACCUCCCGGGAGGCUACGACUGUGUGUGCACGUCUGGUCCGGGCUGCAGCGGCGACUGCCCACAGGAAGAGGGAAUCAGACGCAAUGGAGAAGACUGGAAACCCAGCUUUGACCGCUGUGCUAUAUGCUCCUGCAAGGACGGGCAGACAUACUGCAGGAGGAGACCCUGUGACUGCGGAGAUGCAGACGAGGAUCCGUUCUGUUGUCCCGGCUGUGACAACAGGCCCAGCAGCCAGUGUCUGGACCAGAGCGGACGCACACUCUACCGCAGUGGCGCAUCCUGGCUGUACGGAUGCCAGCAGUGUCGCUGCAUGGAGGGGGAGGUGGAUUGUUGGCCUCUGGUAUGCCCUGUGUUGAUGUGCGAGUACACGGCGGUGGCGGAGGGCGAGUGUUGCCCACGUUGCGUCACAGACCCCUGCCUGGCCGACAACCUGUCAUAUGACAUCCGGCAGAUGUGCCAGGACCCUGCCGGCGUCGUCCGCCUCAGUGGAGACACAUGGCAUAUGCCCAACUCACCCUGUACUUCCUGCAAGUGUAAGAAUGGGAAUGUUUGCUGCUCGGUGGAUCUUGACUGCCUUCAGAACAACUAAAGCGCUCCUCCUCCUGUACUCCUCUCCUCACGGGACUGUCACGACCCAUCCUCCAUCUGACGACUCUCCCCUUGGAUUCAUUAAACAGACUCUCACGCGCACACACGUGCAUGCCAGCGUGUGCACAGAAUUUACAAACACACUGGACGGACUGGAGUGUGAAGGCUGUGCUUUUUUGCUGUCAAGAGUGAGUGAGUGAGUGGCUCAGGUGGAGACUGAGGCCAUAGCUGCCCUCACCACAGUCACUGUGUUGUGUAUGUGUCUUUGUGUCGUUUCCAUUUCACUUCAUGUCUUGAGGAAACCUGUUUAGCAUUACUUCUUUAACCACAAACCAGAGACAAGCUGUUGAGGGUUAUGAGUUGUCAUUAAGAAGAGGAUUGACAGCUGGACAGAUGUUGAGGUGAGCUGUCUAUGGUAACUUGGGAAGUCGUAAAUCGUAACACAUUUACUAUUGUGGUAACCAAAAGUAAUAGUGUCUGAAAUCCCCUCUCCCCACUCCUUUCCAACUUUUGAGUUGGGGGACUGCAUCUGAAAUUUUUUUGAAACAGACAAUCUGACAAGCACGGCCACUUCAAGCAGUGAUUAGCCAGGUGUGUGCUUGUGAGAAAGCAUGCAGGGUUUGAAUUUGUUUGAUUCGUUGUGACUCGCCCCUCUCUAUGAUGGCGGAGGUCUUCCACAUGGCCAAACACUUUAGAAGGAGUCGGAUGACAAUUUUUUUGAAGUAGUUAAUUUCAAGUACACUGGCAUUCAGGCUUCAGGUCCUUUAAAUGACCCGCCUUCAUGAGCAACAUCUUUCAGAGGAUCCAGGCUCUGAAUUAGGACAUCAGCUGUCCGGCUGAGCCAUUAACACCUCUGUCUCCAACACUUUCCCUCAGCCGCAAUGUCUUCUCUCUGAUGAGGUUGACUGUGAGAUAGCUAUGUAUAACAACGGUCAUGAUAUCAAAAGUUUGUAACAGCAGUGUGUGAUGGUGCGCAACAGAUUCCCGCAGGCCAGAACAAGUACCAUCCAUAGUUGUUGAUAAAAUCAGCAGAGCUUGUGAAGGGUCAAACUUCUCUGGCGUCUCCCAGGGCUCCUCUUGUCUGAACCAUAUGGCAGCAGUAUAAAAAAAAAGGAUAAUUAAAGCCCUGUCACGCUGACCUGGAUUUGAGUAUGCCAGGAGGUCAGCAAGUGUUGAAUCUGUUUACAGACGGCCAGGGUUAUUAAGGCAGGAAAGUGAUGCUUUUCCUGCUACAGUUCACACAUUCACAGUUCUGCCGCUGGUCCUCCUGCCUUAUCCUCUCCUCCACACCUCUCGCCAUUAUCCUUCAGCUCGUCUUGAGAGCACUAACGUUUCCCUCAAGUGCCGUCUUUAUAACCCUGUCUGUUAAAAAAAAAUCCCUCCCUUCCUGUCAGGGGGGGAAAAGAAAGAAAGAGAUGGACACUGUCUCAAAUUUUUGACUUUAAAAUAGGAACUGUGUUGUGGCCAUGAAUUAUUCUUCAACCAUGAAAUUAUUACUUGAUAACAGAAAUCUGACAUGCCAGGUGCACCCCUUGGUCAGGUGAAAUAGUUCCAUUAUACGUUUUUGUUAUACAGCUCUUUAUAAAACCACUAAACUGUUAAUUUUAGGCAAGUAAAAUAAUUUCAGUAGACAUUUCUUUUCAGAGGUGGUACUAAUGAUCAAGGUCUACACUUCUUCUUUCUCUGGUUUUUCUGCAAACUGUCAGCAUACUUGCAGACAUCAGGGCUCAUUUUCCGGAAUCCAGUUGCUUAGAAUGAGAAACAGCUUCAACAGAUUGAGAUAAUCAACAGGCCUUUUUCCUUUUCCAAAUUGAGAGUCUAAAAUAUAUAGAGGGUGUAGUAUACUGUACAAAUUGUAAUGCCCACUGAGACAAAUUUGUGAUAUUGGGCUGUAUAAAAUACAAAUUGACUUGACACGUGUAGUCACUUCUCGCGUGUUGUCUUUCAGUAUCACUAUCAGGGAUGUAGCACAAAAUUCUGGACCCUGUACAUAGGCAUUCACUAAGGGCACCUCCUGCAUUCAUGGCUAUUCAUUCUAGUGUUGUUGUGGGCCAUCAUCACAUGAGGGCCCUGUAUACUGUCACCUUUUACCUCCAAUCCUCCACUUUUUAAUCCAUAAUGAUCCAAAGGGAAUUACUUUGUCAUCAGUAAACCUCAUCUGAGACCAUGUUUGCACCAGCACAUCAUAUGUCAAUAGUCUGGGACAAAAAGAUUUCUUGCUUUAAGAGCUACAAACAGGUAGGGAAACUUUAAAUGCAUUUUUGGGAUUGGAACCGGCAUCAGUGGUGACCUUGGUCUAUGGAGUUGAAAGUAAAUGUCUCCGCCAUCUCCCUGCUACUGACAUUCCUCUGUUUAAUGUCAAAGUAGUUCUUGUUUCUGGUCGUGUUUCUGGUCCCUCACAGAAACAGCAGGGUAAGGUUUUUUUGUUACCCUUUCGUGCACAGAGCGCGCUGUUUGGACUCUAUAACACGGUGGUCAUUUUACAAACCUUCAGGAAAUGUGAUGCAGUUUUUCUCCUCGGG